AGGAACCAUGUCAACCUCAAGCUUCGAUUCUAAAAGUGACUUAAUAAUGGCCUACAUUUUGCGAUGGUGUGAGAAAGUAUAUUAAUAUAUAUGUGUGUAUAUAUAUAUAAUAGAAGUAAAAAAAAAUUCAAAUUUCGAGAAAAAUAUGUCUGAGAGGGAUGGAAUUGAAGACUUGAAGGCAAGAAUCGCCUAUUUUUCCCGCCGGGAACUCAGUAAGCAUCAAGCAUGGACUUGGAAUUUCCGUAGCAAGGACAAGGAAGGUUUUCAGCGGCACCCGCUCUUUCAUUUUCCGGCCUCAGACGGUGAGGGCAUCGUCGUCGCUGACUCCAACAGCCAUUGCUCGCAUCCCAUGGUCCAGAAUUAUCCCCUAGGACCCAUCGACAGCGAGCUUAAACACAGUAAUAGAUGCAAGAAGAGAACUUUAAAGAAGAGUGUGGCAUUAGAUAAUUCUGAAUCACCAUCUUCGUCAUCAAGUCGUUAUUUUUCUUCUGCGGUUUCAUCGCAAAGGGGUUUGCGGUUGCAUGUCAACGGCGAAACCCUAGAGUCCUGGUUCGCCGCAAUAGGGGCGAUGUGGCUGCGAUCGGGUUUCCUCUUGGAAUGUCUUUUGCGGCUGUUAUUGCUCAGAAGAGAUAGAGCUGCUGAAAGGAUGUCUCCAGAACAUCUUUCAUUGAUGUGCACAUCUGCUGUCAGAGAAUCUUUAGCCAAUGUUUUUGGAGACAAGCUGGAUGGUCUAACAAGGAACUUCGAACAAUCAUUUGAUAGCACUCUGAAUACUCUUAGAUUAAUUUAUGAAUCAACUACGGGCAAGAAAGGAAGUGAAUUUGAUACUUCAAGGAGAGAAAUUCUAAACUCUGAAUUGACUCUUGACAAAGGAGAUUGCAAAAGGGAUGUUGUCCAAGAAGAUGCUUGUUCCGAGUCAAUCAUGCAUGUUGGAAUCCGAGAUCAAUCAAAUAGUAGUGAAGAGGUCAAGGCGGGCAUUCCUAUGGAUUUAGUUAGUCGUAGUCUAAUUGUGCCUGAACAAUUAAACCAAGUGGCACGUUUUCCUCCAAUUUCCUCAGGGUCGAUAAUAAAUAAUUCCAAUAUUAGUUCUUUUGAGAAAUCUGUUAUGGAACAAAGUCGUUCCAAUGACCUCAAGGCAGUGGAACUUGGCCUUAUGAUGAAAAAAUUGAAACUAAAAGAGACACAAUUGGUCCUUGGCUCAGAUUUAAAUCAUCUAGAGAGAUCAAAGCUUGCUAUGGGAAUAUCAAAAGCAGCUUUUAAAGCUGAAAAGUUUAAGAAUCAGGUAGAAGAUCAGAGACAUGGUGAGCUAAAUAAGAAGUGCAUUGACUGUCUUAUUGCAGGUCUGCUUGUUAUGUCAUUGUCACUUUUGUAUGGUGCUUAUGUUUAUUCCUAUCAACGGAUUGCCGAAGCUACUGCAUCAUGUACACCUUUAAUUGAGGAAUCACACUCCUGGUGGACUCCCAAGUCAGUGUCCUCUUUCAAUUCGAAGUUGAAUAUUUUGUGGUGUCAAGUUCAAGUCUUGAGUAGAAUGGCAUUUGGUUUCUUAAUGAUCUAUGCUGUUGCAUAUUUGCUCAUCUGGCGGUCAACAACAUCGACAACACAGACAAUGCCAGUAACUUUCAUCCUGUUGUUGUUAGGAGUUGUUUGUGGCUAUUUUGGCAAGCUGUGUGUGGACACAUUGGGAGGGAAUGGUUAUACCUGGCUCUUGUACUGGGAGAUUUUAUGCUUGCUCCAUUUCUUGUCCAUUGUUUGCACGUCAGCUUUGUUCCAGAUCCUCAAUGGACCUGUCACUGCACCACAAACAACGAAGGGCAAUACAAAAUUUCCUUAUUGGAUCCGAAGAUGUCUGUUCUACUCUUCUUUGCUGGUAUUUCUGCCACUAUUUUGUGGUCUCUUGCCUUUCGCUGGCUUUGCUCUUUGGAAAGAUCAUUUUUUGUUAAAGAUGACUAAGUAUUUAACAGAUUCUAGUUAGUAAAGAGCUAGUUCUUUCUCGUAUGGGCAUGUUUUUGCCUGAUUCGGAGCUGAAUAGAUGGUAGUGAGUCAAGCGGACAUGUCUUUGAUCAAGGCUGUGAUAUUAGUGCAUGUAUUGCUAUUUUUUUUCUUUGGAGUGUCGUGUAUAAGUUUAAAGAAGUCCUCUUCUGAGCAACAGUUCAUAGUGGUGAUAAAUUAAUUUAUUUAUUUGUCGAAUGUUCUAAGAGAAAGGCUGUAAUGUAAAAUUCAGUGAGAUGGUUUCUGAAUUUUAUUAUGAAAAUCAUCGCUUGUGUCA